AUUCUUAACCCCUACCUAGACCACCAGGGAAGCCCAGAAGCAUGCACGCCAAAUUGUUAACUUGAUAAUGUGGCUGUCUCAGGUGGUGUUGGUGUUGAUUUCUGUUUCUUUUUUUUUUUUUCUGACUUGUGUUUUUUCAGUUACCCAAAAAGAACAUGUGUCACUUUUAUGAUAAUUUUUUAAAAUUAGAAUUGCCAGUUUUUCUUGAAAUAGUGUGUUAAAAUAAUCUAGGAGUACCCGAUAAGAUUCAGUAAAUAUUUGUGAAGUGGAUGAGAGAAUGGUUGAUUCCAGAGGUUUCUGGAUCCAUAGUAUUGACACAUAUAUAUUCACAGUUUUAUCCAGAAGCAAGUCCUAGUUAUCUCAAAAGAAAAAUCAUGUAUUGAAAAAUCUAAGAAACGGCUUUAACUGAAUGUUGGUUGUGUAAUGGCAAAUCCAGCAGACUCGAGGCCCACUACAGAAGCGGCCAGGCAACAAUGCUAUAUUUCACAGUAAGCAGGAUCUGAAUAAAAGUGUCCUUUGUGCUGGUGAGACUGAGGGGUGGGACUUGGGGCAAUUCAUAUUAUUUCUCCUUAAUGGAAAUUGAGGCAGCCUCUAAUCCUGCUGUCACAUGACAGCUACUUAUUUGAUUUUUUGGCAAUUUGGGGAGCAGCUGUGGACACAUGAUUUUUCUGCAAAAAGAGCCAGCUGCAUUCUUACCCAUUUGAAAAUGCCUGGGUAUACUAAGCUUCCUUCCUAUCCACCAUGUUUCUGAUCUAGCGAUAGCUUCAGCAACUCACUUCCUUUUAAUUGAUAUUUGUAGCUGUUGAUAAGCAUCUGAAUAUUUGAGAAUGCAUUUUCUAAUCCUUUUUAUCAUUGUCAUCAACAUUCAUUAGGUACCUUCUCACUCAGGUCACUGUGACAGACACAGGGUUGUAAGCUGUAAUGUGGAGACGACUUUCCUCUUUGACAGUGGAUCUUCAUGGAGGAGCACGGAGUGACCCAAACUGAACACAUGGCUACCAUAGAAGCUCAUGCAGUGGCCCAACAAGUUCAGCAGGUCCAUGUGGCCACCUACACCGAACACAGUAUGCUGAGUGCUGAUGAAGACUCACCUUCUUCUCCUGAGGACACCUCAUAUGAUGAUUCAGACAUACUUAACUCCACAGCGGCUGAUGAGGUAACAGCCCAUCUGGCUGCUGCAGGUCCUGUGGGAAUGGCAGCUGCUGCUGCUGUGGCAACAGGAAAGAAACGGAAACGUCCUCAUGUGUUUGAAUCUAAUCCAUCUAUCCGGAAGAGACAGCAAACACGUUUGCUUAGGAAACUUCGAGCCACACUAGAUGAAUAUACUACUCGAGUAGGACAACAAGCUAUUGUCCUUUGUAUCUCUCCCUCCAAACCCAACCCUGUCUUUAAAGUGUUUGGUGCAGCUCCUUUGGAGAAUGUGGUGCGUAAGUACAAGAGCAUGAUCCUGGAAGACCUGGAGUCCGCCCUGGCAGAGCACGCCCCUGCGCCACAGGAGGUUAACUCGGAGCUGCCGCCUCUCACUAUCGAUGGAAUUCCAGUCUCUGUGGACAAAAUGACCCAGGCCCAGCUUCGGGCAUUUAUCCCAGAGAUGCUGAAGUACUCUACAGGUCGGGGGAAACCAGGCUGGGGCAAAGAAAGCUGCAAGCCCAUCUGGUGGCCUGAGGAUAUCCCGUGGGCAAACGUUAGGAGUGACGUCCGCACAGAGGAGCAGAAGCAGAGGGUUUCAUGGACCCAAGCACUACGGACCAUAGUUAAAAACUGUUAUAAACAGCAUGGGCGGGAGGACCUUUUGUAUGCUUUUGAAGAUCAACAAACACAAACACAGGCCACAACCACACACAGUAUAGCCCACCUGGUACCAUCACAGACCGUAGUCCAGACUUUUAGUAACCCUGAUGGCACUGUCUCGCUUAUCCAGGUUGGUACAGGGGCAACAGUAGCCACAUUGGCUGAUGCUUCAGAAUUGCCAACCACAGUCACUGUUGCCCAAGUGAAUUAUUCGGCAGUGGCUGAUGGAGAGGUGGAACAAAACUGGGCCACGUUACAGGGGGGUGAGAUGACCAUCCAGACGACGCAAGCGUCAGAGGCCACCCAGGCGGUAGCAUCACUGGCAGAGGCCGCAGUGGCAGCUUCUCAGGAGAUGCAACAGGGAGCUACGGUCACCAUGGCACUCAACAGCGAAGCUGCCGCCCAUGCUGUCGCCACCCUGGCCGAGGCCACCUUGCAAGGGGGGGGACAGAUCGUCCUGUCUGGGGAAACCGCAGCAGCUGUCGGAGCACUUACUGGAGUCCAAGAUGCUAAUGGAGUAAUCACCGGUUCUACCCAAUUCUGGAAGACCCCUCGAGGACUGGUCCAGAUACCUGUGAGCAUGUACCAGACUGUGGUAACCAGCCUCGCCCAGGGUAACGGGCCGGUGCAGGUGGCCAUGGCCCCUGUGACCACCAGGAUAUCGGACAGCGCAGUCACCAUGGACGGCCAGGCUGUGGAGGUGGUGACGUUGGAACAGUGACACGCAGCCAUACCAUGGCAUCAUUUUCUAGUCUACUUCAAAAUUUUUUACACGUUUGCAGAGGUGCAAUCAAAUGGAAUUAAGUCUCUCGACUUUGGAAGAAAAGUUUUGUUAACCUUUUUUUUAAAAAGGAAGAAAGGCAGUGGAUUUUGGAAUUGCAUUUUUUAAAAAGCACCACUCUUGAUUUUCUGGGAUUGGUGGAAUAAGAUACUGCGUUGUCAAUUUCACGGCCCCGCAAAAGCCAAAUUGUGGCAGGACUUCUUUCUGCGGAAACGUGUGUAUACUUCGGUGUGUGUAUGUGUGAAUGUGAAUAUAUGUAUAUGUGUACAUAUGGAUAUACACAUUUACAUAUAUAUAUAGAGUAUAUAUAUAUAUGUGUAGAUAUAUAUAUAUAUAUAUAAAAGAAACCCGCAUGGAAUUAUCUGUAUGAAAUCAAGGUGAGCUGUGGAAAAAUAAUUCACCCAGUUUAGUGGGUGUAGGGUACGUGGCCAGACAGCCACCUGGUUUUGUUCAUACCAGGGUCAUGCGUUGAGCUACUGACAAACUCAGGCGGAGGUGACCAUGCCCUUCACCAAAGCUGCCUCCCAGUGGCCACCCAGAACUCUCCCUGCUGGGCUCACCUGAGAACGGAGGUUCCAGAUUGGGGUGAAGUCCAGAAACUGUGCUUGCAAGACCCAGGGGCCGCGUGGUCUGGCAGCUGAGACGCUCCUCGGGCUGGCCCAGAUGCUGACCUUGCCACAGGCAAAUGAAAUGUCUUUAAAGCUCCCAGGUGGGGUCGAGAGGGUUUUCUUUCUUUCCUAUCUCCUCCCCUCCCCAGGAAACCUUCUUGAUCUCACGACUGUUAACCCGUCGCUUUGGUUUUAAGGUCAGUCCUGAAUUGGUCAUGUAUAUGAACUGAAGGUGACAGAAGUAUUAAGGGUUUGAGGAAUGCGUGCGCGUUGCGUGUGCUUGUGGGUGUGUGCAUCGUGGAGAGAAUGAGGGGGUGGGAGGAGUUGGAAGGGGAAAGGAAGGAGGGAGAGAAAAAUCUUUUAAAGACCAGGGUGCACCAAAGGGAGCAACUUUUUCCCUUCCUGUGACUUCCUGUAGCUUAACAGAGGAGACAGAACUGACAGGGGCUCCUGGCGCGAGGAAGGCUGGCCACUAGACUGAGGGGCACUGGAGAGAAGAGGGCUGAGGGUGCCCCCUGCGCCCCUGGAUCAGGCCCGAUCUCGGAAGGGACCUUGCAGCUGUCCCAGGUGCAUCGUGCUAGGCCCAGGCCCCACAGCUUCCCUCUCAUGGCUGUUAAUUGGUUUGGGUGUUCUUUGUAAUGAAAUUCUGUGAUUUCUCAGCCACAAGCCAGCCCUGAGUCUCCAGGGGUUAAACUCACCUGACUUUUUGACAGGCCAAAUCUCUGCUCCUUGAGUACGGGGAUGACCCUUCCUCCCUCCUCCCGGGCCCCCCCACCCCCGUGUGUGACUGUGUAUUUAAUGUGUUGUUUUUUUUUUUAACGCGACAUUAAAAAGAUUCUUCACGUCUUGCUCAGCCUUUGAGAGUUUCAGAUUCUUGUAUUUGCUUGUUUUAUAUAAAACUAUCCAGUGUUCUUUGUACUUUUUUUUUUUCUGUACGUAAUGGGGGGAGGGAAGGGAAAUUUACAUAAAACAGUCCUAGUUCUACAAUUUGUUAUUUUUUUUUAAUUAUUAUUUUUUAUCAUCGUUGUGAAACUGUCCAGGGGCUUUAAAGUCCGUGUUCCUUUGUGGUGAAAUACCCUCCUGAUAGUUUGAGAAAUUGCCAAGAAGAAGAAGAAAAGCAGAACCCCAAUAGCAGAGCAUGGAUUCUGUGUCGUUUUCCAUUCUGUCUAUUACUGCCUCAUUCAAUAAAUAGUUAACGAUGUGGCAACAGGAA